GUGUACACUGGGGAGGUUGGAACAAGGAGCUGCUUCUGUCUGGACACUGACCAGCUGUGACAGCCCCGCACCAUGGCAGACCCUCCUGGCUGCUGCCGCCCGUGUGCCACCUGCCUGCUGUGCCUCUACAGCUGCCAGUGGAUCACUGCCAAGAAGGAGAAGAGGAGGGGUCUGAGAACCACCAAGGUGAUACUGUGGGUGAUGCUGAGCUGGGGCUGCUCCUGAGCCCCAGGAGAGCCCUGGGACCCUCUCUGUCCAGGGGCCGCCCUGGGAAGCGGUGAGAGGGGAGGCAUGAAGGUGUCAGGGUGAGGAUGAGCCCUCUUCCUGCUACGUGACAAUAAGGGCAGCGCAGCAGCAUGAGGCUGAGCCCAUCUCCUGCCCCACUGGGCACGCAUUUGUGGCUGGCUUUGCACGUGCCUGGAGCUGAGCACGGUGUGGGCAUGUUCUGGGAUGCAGGGAGCCCAAUGAGGCACGUGGGAAGCACAGUGCCUGGGCAGGGUGUGCCCCCCUGGGGGUGCUGGCAGGGGGUGUCCCCAGUGAUUUGUAACCCAGCACAGGGGUGAGGCCCUGGGAUUCUCUGAGGUCUCCAACUCCCAUGGGAGUGGCUGUGCCAUGGCUUGUCCCAUCUUGCCAGGAAUGUGAGAGUUGGUCCAGGCUGCUGGCUGUCCUGCUUGGCACCUGGCACAUCCCUGCACAUGUGGGGCUGGGGAUGGAGAUCCUGGAGCUGGACCUGGCUUUGGCUGGGUGGGCAGGAGCAGCCUGGGGGCUCUCGCAGAUGCCCAACCCUUCUAGUCAGACCAGUCCAUGCUCAGCCCAGCAAACUGGGGAUGGCACCUAGCUCACUGCCCUUUCCCAUGCCCACAGUCCCAGCCUGCUCCUGAGGCUGCUGCAGGGGGACAGGAGGCCAUAUCAGCCUUAGGGCUGCUCUCCAGCCUGGCAUCAGCUGCUUCUGAGCUUGUAGUGGGAGAUGUUUGUUCCCAGAAGAGCUCUCCUGGGCAGCUCAGUGCCUGGAUCCCUGCUCCAGGCUGAGCGUUGGGCCUCAGCACCUGGCUAUGGUCUGAGUGUGCCAUGCAGAUGUGUGCAUGCUUGUUCUCUCUCUGGCUUUCAGUGUGACUGCAGCUGGUUUUUCUUCCUCUUCUGUGUCUUCCUCUUCACGCUUGUGUGGCUCUACAUUGCCAUCAUCAUCCUCAAUGAUUUCCACAACUUCAAUGAGUUCAUCUUCAAGCAGCAGAAGCUGUGGCUGGACUGGUCCCUGGUCCUGCUGAUAGCAACAGCUGUGCUCAUCACUUACUCAGCUGUGCUGCUGGUCCUUGCUCUGUGCCUGCAGCUCUGUGGCCAGCCCUUGAAGCUGCACUGGCUGCACAAGAUCCUGCUGAUCAUAACUGCCCUCGUGGUGGCUGCAGCCUUCACAGGGCUGGGAAUAAAGUGGGCAGAGGAGUGGAGAAGUGCACGCAUCUCCCUGCAGGCAACGGGUCCCUUCCUGCACAUUGGGAUUGUGGGAGGAAUGACGCUCCUUGCCUGGCCAUUGGCCAGCGUCAUCUACCGCGCCCACAACACAGGCCUCAAGGUGUUCCUGCUGCUUGCAUACUCUGCAGCGAUGAUUGCCCUGUACCUGGCUCCCCUGGGGAUCACCUCACCCUGCAUCAUGGAGGAGAACCAGCUGCCCCCCAAGCCAGCCCUGGUUGGCCACCGAGGAGCCCCUAUGCUGGCCCCUGAAAACACCCUCAUGUCUCUGCGCAAGGCAGUGGACUGCGAUGUGCAGGUCUUUGAGACAGACGUCAUGGUGAGUGCUGAUGGGGUCCCAUUCCUCAUGCAUGAUGAGAAGCUCACCAGGACCACCAAUGUGCAGACCGUGUUCCCUGAGAGAGCUGCCCUGAACAGCACUGCCUUCAACUGGACAGACCUCCAGCAGCUCAAUGCUGGCAGUUGGUUCCUGGAGCGGAGACCAUUUCCCAGUGUGCAAAGUCUUUCGCACGGCGAUCGCGUGCAGGCGACUCGGCAGAAGAUCCCAUCCCUGGGACAGGUGCUGGAUGCAGCCAAGGAGAGCAAUAUCUCCAUCAUGUUUGACCUCCGGCCAGAGAACCACAGCGAUUACCAGAGCUUCGUCAACGCCACCCUGGCAGUCAUCCUGCAGUCUGGCAUCCCGCUGCAGCAGGUCCUGUGGCUGCCGGAUGGGUUCAGGGAGCAGGUCAAACAGCAAGUCCCAGGUGUUCAGCAGGUUUACGGCCGGAAGAGACUCCAGGAUGAGAAGGAGCCACUGCUGCAUGUCAACCUGCCCUACCAAGACAUGAGCUCUGAGGAGAUCAAGCAGUACCGCCAGGACAACAUCUCAGUCAACCUGUACGUGGUGAACCAGCCCUGGCUCUUCUCCGUGCUGUGGUGCUCAGGGGUGAGCUCUGUCACCACCAAUGCCUGCCAGGUGCUGAAGGAGAUGAAACGCCCCAUCUGGUUGCUGCCCAGCAGCACAUACCUCAUGAUCUGGAUUGUUGUAGACUGUGUCUCCUUCCUGAUGAUCCUCUGGGCCUUCCUCUUGAUGAAGAAAUGUUCCCAGCGAAGGCGGACGGCUGGUGAGUGCACAGACGCCGGCUCCUCUGUCCCUGGAGGCUCCCUGCAGGCAGACAGCCUGCCCCAAUGGAGCGUGGCUGAGCCCGGCAGACUUUGAGAUGGCUGAGGGAGGGAAGGGAAUCCCAGCGUGGGGAGUUCCUGCCCUGCCCUUAGCAAACAGCCCUGUGGGAUGGUGCUGGGGAUGCCCACGCUCUCCUCCAACCAGCUUUUUGGGCAGGUCUGCCUGCCGCUGCGGGGUGGUUGGCUGCAGUCAAUGACUGCUUGCUUUCUCUUCUUUUUCCCCAGAGUCUGAGACCGACGUGCUGCUCACAAAGAUCAACAGCCUGAUGCAAGACUGACCCCUCCAGCCUGCAGCAGCCGUGGGGAGGGGCAGCUGGAGAGGCUCACAGCUCAGGCAGGGAGCACUACACUGGCUGGCUCCAUGGCUCCUUUCCUUUGCAGCUUCCUGAGCUUGCAGCCUUCCUGGCUCCUGAUGUGGUGCAGAACUACCCUCAUCCACAAAGACCUGGAACUGGGUCCCUUGCUCCUGCAGGCAGCCAGGGAACAGAGCUGGGGCAGGAGGGCUGCUGGUGCUGCCUUGUUCUUGUGCUCCGAGAGCUGAACUUUUGUCCAGGACCAAGACCUCAACCCUGGGGUGCUCGGUUGGAGGGCUGGUGGGGGUCUGAGUCACUGUUUGGUGCAGGGGUAUGGCAGCCUGCUGUUGUCAGCAGCAGCACCGGUGAUGGGGAAGCCUUGUUUAAAGUACUGCUGCCCCGCAGCAGGGGGUAAAUAAGAAGGGGAGCGUGGGGUGGUACACGAUGGAGGGGAAGCAGAGCCCUUUGCUCCCGUGUGCUGGGGAUGGCAGCCUCACCCCCUGCUGCUGCUGGCUUUGUGCUUGCUGGCCGGGGUGCCCGCUCCCCCCGCAGCCAGUCCUGCGGUGCUGGGGCCGGGGAGUGGGUUUUGGGGGUGGAGGGAGCCCGGGCCACGGCGCCCCUACGGUGCUGCACAGCGGCAGGGGGUGGGCCGGGAGCAGUGUUACUCAGCAUCGGGCACUUUGGACUUGGAGAGGGGAGUCUGUUUCAAAUGCUCCUGCCUAUUUAUGUCAAUAAAUCAGCUGAGAGAUAGACGGUCCUUACA